ACAUGUUCACUGAACAGAGAGGAACAUGUGUGCAGAGGAAGGAGGCAUAGCUAUUACCCUGACGUCGGGGUGGCAGGCAUCGCAUGCCUGCGGGUGCACUACCCAGCGCACUCUGAGUUUCAGCGCAGCUCUAUUGUGCUGCAACAGGCUGGACAUCUGUCGCGCUCUGGGCGGGCCAGCCAUCCGGCCACCGAAAAGAAGCGUUGACCUGUCAGUCCUGAUUGAUGGCCACAACUAAGCCUGCGGUCCCGACCCCUCCGGUGAGAAAAUAAGUGAACCGAAGAACUGACUGCAUUGAAAUGCUAAUGCACAAUUAUAAAUAGGAGCGAGGUGAAACCACCACAGACAGAAGACGACGAAGCUUUCGCCAAACUCCAGAGGCAAGGUGGCCAGGCGGGCAGCAAGCACUGGCUGCAACUUAGAAGCUCGCCUCCCGUUCACAAUGACCGCCAGCUCCAUGAUCAAGAAUGUGAAUAAGCCUCCCAGUGCCAAAGAGGAGAGAAAGCUACGAAAACCUCUAAUUGAAAAGAAAAGACGAGAAAGAAUAAACAACUGUCUAGAUCAGUUGAAGGAGACUGUAGCUGAUGCCUUUCGACUUGACCAAUCAAAACUUGAAAAGGCUGACAUUCUGGAAAUGACAGUAAAGCAUCUGCAGAAUAUUAAAAAUAAUAAAACCCUUGUUGACUGUAAUGUGGAUAUUGAGGCACAACAGAAGUACAGCACUGGCUACAUUCAGUGUAUGCAUGAAGUCCACACUCUCCUCCUGACAUGUGAAUGGAUGGACAAGACUCUAGGAGCCAGGUUACUUAAUCACCUGCUGAAAUCAUUACCAAGCUCCAGUGAGGAAAGUCGCAAGGCUGCCCUGAGGUCACCAACCCUAUUCCAAUCUUCUUCUACCCAGUCCCUGAAUACCUCUGUUUCCAGAACUGGGAUAGCAGCAUCUGCCAGUCCACCACGUGGCAAGCAAGCACAUCAUGAAGACCUCCUGGUAAUGACAGAUGGGGGCCAAUUUUCAACCUCCAGCCACCUGGACUCAAAGUUCCCUGGCAUGCUGCCACCAUCUCCCAUUUGUGGCCAGCAGUACAGUUCCUCUCAGCAGCAUAACUCCAUUCUGAGACCAUUAGAUAUGUGGCGGCCUUGGUAAAGGGAAGUGCCACUCUUUCUUCUAACAGUUAGACAGUUCUUUAUUUGUAUCUUAUAGAUAUGCUUAUUUACACUCGUGGGGCAGAACUGUUCCUGUAGGUGUUCUAAGACCAGGGUACUUCACGCAGAAGUAAGCCUAAGUGUAGCCUGUAUUGUAGAAGGCUGGUAUUGUGUAUUUAUUAAUGCAUCUAAAUUAUUGUAUAGGAAUUCUCUUGGGCUUUUUAGUGUACAGUAACUAAGAGCUUUCCUUCCUUCUGUGUAUUAAGAUUAUUAACAUAAAUAUUAAAAUUAUUAUUAAUAAUAAUAAUAAUAAUAAUAAUAAUAAAUACAAUUUCUCCUUUUGGUGGAAUCCAGAAGCCACGUUUUAAUAAGCCAAGGCUGCAUAUACAUAAAUUAUAUAUUUUAAGAACAUUUGCAUAUUUCAAAAAGGAUGUGAUCAAAGAGAAACGGUCCUGUCCUGCUAAUUCGUCCUAAAACAAACCUCUCCUAUUUCCAGAAAAGGCCUCUCAGGAGCUGCGUAUUAUGCAGAUUGCUUGUUGGUUUGAAAUGAUGCUGGUAGUGGGAGGAAAAGUUCCCACUUGUUUUUUUGGCAUAUCUGUAUUGUCACUUUGGCCUUUGAUCUGUGAAAAAAAACCUGUAAGAUGCAGAUGGACAAUUUAACAGCUGACUAUGGGAAAAUGCAUGCAGAGAUAACAGUAAGAAUGGUGUUAACACUCAAGCAAUUAAAUACACCCAACUGCACACCAAAGAAACGCAUUUAGCAUGGCACAAAUAUAUCACUGGACUGGUUUAAAUUACAUGUUAUUUCAAACUGCACUGCAAAUUGGUCAUCCUAAAAUAAAACUUGACUACCCCUGUAAACAAGCUAAACAAAUGUCAUGUGUUUUAGCCUGAAAUAAAAAUGGUGUCCUAAAAUUCCAGCUAUAUGAAAUACUAAUGCAAAGUUUUAAUUUGUGUUCCAGAAGAGAAGCAUAUAAAAUGUGGCUUAAAUAUAGCAACUACAUUGUUAGUUACCUAUUCCAGAUUAUUGUGUGUUUGAACUAUUGAUUCACUUGUAGUACAUCCAGUUUCAGCACUGACAUAUGAAAUUGUUUGUGUGCAGUGCGCUACAGACGUGCAAGAGACAGCAAUGCAUUUUGCUGGCUUUCUGAUGAGGUACUUGCUGAUACACAAGGUGGUUUACAUAUCAUAAUAUGAAUUUGAUAUGUCAGAGAAUGAAUUGUUUUGCAACAGUGGAUGGUCAUGGAA